GUUGUUACCAAAUGGCCAAAUACGAAAGUUUAUUUUUGUACAACAUUAGUGCGUGUUCGAAUAAAUUAUUUUGUGUGUCGUGUUAAUCUGUUACCAGGUUUUCUGCGCGAUUAGCAGUAUAAUAUGACUGAAUCACUCUAUAUCAAUCAUCCCAUUAUUUCGCUCAAGAAGAAUAUUCGACAAUGAGUUCGACGAAAAAAAGUAAAGUUAACCUCCCCAAUGGUUGGAUAGUCGUCAAUUCAACAAGUUUUCCCGACAGGGUUUAUUACUUCAAUGUACGUACUGGAAAAUCGUCUUGGACAGAACCGUCGGACGAGACAACCAAGCUUCAGCCUGAAAAAGCUGGACAAAAGCGUAAACUAUCGAUUGACAAUGACGUGGCCUCCCCUAAUCCAACUUCCUUGGAUAAAUCACAGAAGUCCGGUGGUAAUGAUACGCCCCGGCGGUUAUUGCGAGCCAAGCGAUGUUCGGAACCAUCUGAAAUAUCCGAAACACCACAGAUGAAGGCGUUGAGAGAAAAAAUGACCAGGCAAAAGUCUAAAUCUAUGCAGAGGAAGAAGCCGAAGCAAGGUCUCUGUGUAGCUGAGAAUAACACUCAAGAUGAGCCACUGCUUAAUCGUCUUGGUAGUGCGGAAUUGCCCCCAUGCUCACAGCGUACUAGGCGAUGUUCUGAACCGACUAAAGUAGUGGAAACGCCCCAGAUGAAAGCAUUGAGGAUAAAAAUUCUGGAGAAAACAUCGAAGUCUGUACAGAAUCGAAAGGCAAAAUCAAGUGUCUCAGGGCUUGAGAAUAAUAAUGAGGAUUUACCUUCGUUUGCGAAUAAACGAAACAAUAGUAGCAGAUCAAAGACUCAAAGAUGUUGCACUAAAUCGUCUAAUGGUGAUACCAGGAAACCAGAUGACAAUGUUUCCGGUGUCGGGAGUACCUUGAAUGCUGCAGAGUCAUUUGUGACUGGAUCAACUACUUCAGCUACAUCAAGUGGUACAGAGAAGCUGAAAGUAGGACACCGACGAGGCCUUGAACUCGAUAAUGUAAGACGAAACAUUUGUCGUACAGAUAGUGGUAAAAAGAAUUUGGCCAGUAAAAGGCUGGACAGUUUAAAGAAUAAACUUAGCACCAUUCGUAAGAAAAUAGAACCUUCCAUAUCUGCCAAGGUGGCUCGGCGAUUGGCAACACAAGAUGUUACACCUAAGAAACUCGAUAAAAUAUUCGAUAGGAGUGUUGAGAAUAUUGCAGUACGUGAAAUGCGGCCUACUAGCCCUACAGACCCAGUGCCGAGCAUUUAUCAAAAUACUGAAUCACGAUUCAAAUCACUCAAAGCAAGGCUUGCCAGCAGGUCGUCUUCAUUAGAUAUCAAAACUCAGCAGGAGAAUGAUCUUUCGGAUAACGUAGCCUUGUCUAAUCUUCCAAAGAUUCCUAAAGCUAACAAAAAAAAAAAGAAAACUGGUCAUUUGGAAAAAGCAAGCGUCGAUACUAAUGUCGACGAAAGGACUCAUGUGUCUAUGAACCAAGCUGUGGCGCAACAUACAGAUGACGCAUUUUUUGAAGAAAUGGAAUGGGAACCCAUUGAACAAGAAAAAGUCAUCGUUGAAGUUCAAGAAGUUAGGAUGCACCUCUCUACGGAUAUUGGUGCGACGGAGCAGAAGCCCCCUAAUUAUACUGUAAAAGGCCUAGAGUUUUCCCACAUUUCUGAGAACACAAAUCAGAUAGUUGUGUAUAUUGUUGUGGACACCAAUGUCUUUUUGUCAAAUUUGAAGAUAGUUACUGAAAUCUUGGAGGGUUGUCAUCAAACAAAAUUCCGAUAUAAACCUGUUGUAGUAGUACCUUGGAUGGUAUUACAGGAGUUGGACUAUAUAAAGGAUAACAAAUCACAAAGGAAAUCAACACACUUACAAAGAAGUGCCAAAAUCGCAGUCGAUUUGUUGUUUCAAUAUUUCUCAAGUAAGCACCCUCGACUACAAGGUCAAACGGCUGCAGAUGCUGCUUCGAACAGAGUAAAAUAUCAGACCGACUCGCCAGAUGAUGAAAUAUUGCAAACUUGUUUGAAAAUUCGAGAAUUUGGAUGCACAGUUGUUUUGCUGUCCAAUGACAAAAAUCUGUGCAACAAGGCAAUGAUACACGAUAUCCCCACUUAUGGGCGGCAUAAAUCUAUUCAAGCAAUGCUUUUACUGAAUACGAAUGAAAUUGAAGCUAAAUCCCCUACAACGCAAGUGAAACCAGUGAAAGGCAUUGAAAACCAUACAGAAACGGUUAAUUCAAAAGAGGCUGAUAUAUCGGAUGAAAUUUUCUGUGAGGCAAAAGCUAUAAUGAAGUACUUCUUAUCUGUUAUCGUUUCCAAGGAAAUGGAAAAAUUAUUCGGGGAAAACUGGGAAAGGCACGCGAUAAUUCAACCUCCUUGGUCAGUGAUAGACGUUCUGAAGUGUACCUCGAAACACUGGAUCGCCGCAAUUAGUGAUGCCUUUGUAAGACGGGCUGAAACCGUGGUUAUGAAACUGACAGAGAUGUUUCUCAAUGCUCCAAAAUAUGGUCAGAGUUUAAAAUCUAUCAGCACCGUGUUAGAAGUAUGCUAUGAUCUUGUACAGAUGGUGAAAUUGGAUGAAUAUCAGGAACUAUCUUAUAAAUCAUGUUCUAACAUAAAGAAGCUGAUUGAUAGAUGUAAUGAAAACCUGAAGGAAAUCCAGGUAGAAAAAAAUCAGACCUUGAACGAACUUGAAAACGAGAGUGUGAAAAUCGAGCAAAGGGCCAACAAUGCUUUCAAAUACUUUGAUCAAAUUUGGACGUUUACAAAUAACUUUUGUGGAAUGUCAGCCGAUUUGGCUGGAAUACCUCACUCCAUAACUUACGAAGGAUUCAAUCCCGCUCCGUCAGCUGAAACUAUAAAUCGAUUGCAGCCAGAAUUAGUAUCUAGCUUGAAUCAGCUGAUACACGUUCUACGAACGGUUUUAAGCGAGGUGAGCUCUCUGACUGUGUCCCAUCCAGCACUUAUUGCCCUUCACCAAAGUCUGGUCAAUUACCUUCCAAAUUCUGGCGAGUUUAACGACUCGAGCUCUUUGGAUAUCAGCGAUCUCCUUUGCUGUAUCAGAUUGAAAAAAGAGUAUUUGAUGACUGGAAUGGUCCAAUUGCAAGAACUGAGUUGUCAGUUUUGCCGGAUAGCAGACUUUCGCUCAAUGACUGUUGGCAUUUCGAGUUAGACGCGUCAAAGUUGAAGUACGUUAGAACGGUGUGAUAUUGAAACUAACGUAAUCUAUGAGUGCUGUGUUAGUCUGAAGGUUAUUUUUGAGAAAAAUUUAUUUACUCAGAAUGUUGUUCACAAGUUUAAUAAUUUGACACAUUUGCCGCUAAAUUGAGACCCUGUUGAAACUUGAAUUUUAUGUUUUAGAGUAGACUGUAGUUUUUAUACUCGAAUUUUGCACUUGUUAUGAGACGCUGAUAUUAUAGUUUUGUUUGGUCUAAACAGAUCUUUAUUCGUGUCCUUACUCAUCGUGAGAUGUACAAAACAAAAGUUGGUAACUUAGCUGAAAAAGAAACAUAAACUAUUCAUUUCGGUUGUAAAUACCGUUCCGAAUAGCUCCAGUGUUAUUACGCAUAUGUGAUAUAAGUAUAGUUUAGCAGAGAAGCAUCUAUAUUUCGAGAGAAAUGCAGGUACAUACAGAUGUAUAGAAAGAGGUAUAAUAUAUUUAUUCGAAACGUAAGUACAAAUGUAAAACAAGUCUAAUCAAAGUGAAUUAAAACUUGUAUAUAACCGUAUACUCAAACUCGGACUGUACAUAUUAAUUGUCUUAAACGAUAUAACGCAUAG